GCGCAGUGCAGUCGGUGUCAUGGCGGAGGUCGGCGCUCACCUCACGGCCGCUUCGGCCAGUGAUGACCGGCCCUCCAUCUUCGAGGCGGUGGCCCAGGACAGCCUGAUGGCCGCCGUGAAACCCGCCCUGCAGCACCUGGUGAAGGUGCUUGCUGAGUCCAAUCCCGGUCGAUACGGCUUCCUCUGGCACUGGUUUGAUGAGAUCUAUGUCCUUCUGGACAUGCUGCUCCAGCAGCACUACCUAGCUAGGUGUAGUGCUUCCUUUUCUGAAAACUUCUACAGCUUAAAGAGGAUCCCCAUAGGAUACUGCAGACAGCAACCGUUGGCCACUGCUGGCCUGCCAAAGAGGCAGCACUGGAAGUCUCUUCUCUUGCUGGUUCUUGUUCCUUAUCUGAAAGGAAAGCUGGAGAAACUGGUGUCCACCCUGAGGGAAGAGGAUGAGUACUCCAUCCACCCUCCCUCAUCAUCAUGGAAGCGCUUCUACAGAGCCUUUCUGGCUGCCUACCCCUUUGUAAACAUGACCUGGGAGGGCUGGUUUCUCAUCCAGCAACUGUGCUAUAUUCUGGGGAAGGCUCAGCAUCAUUCACCCAUGCUGCGCCUGGCUGGCGUUCGCCUGGUCAGACUGACUGCGGAGGAUAUCCUGGCCCUGGAGAAGAAACUGGGGGGAACCACCUCACAUCCUGCACCCAGCAUUAAAACCCAGGUGCAGUCAGCAGUGAGGAAAGCCCUGGGCACCAUCGCCUUCUCCCUGUCCACCGGGCUGUCUAUCAGCGUGUUCUUCCUCCAGUUCCUGGACUGGUGGUACUCCUCAGAAAACCAGGAGACCAUCAAAUCUCUGACUGCACUCCCAACUCCUCCGCCCCCUGUGCACCUCGAUCCCAGCUCCACUCUCCUACCCAAACUGAAGACUGUGUGUCCCCUGUGCCACAAAACUCGUGUGAACGCCACAGCCCUGUCCACAUCUGGCUUUGUCUUCUGCUACCGCUGUGCAUACGGGUACGUGAAGGCUCAUCAGCACUGCCCCAUCACAGGCUAUGCCACAGAGCUGCAGCAUCUUGUCAAACUGUACUCUCCUGAGAGCUGAAAGGAGAGAUCCAUCCCUGCACCUAGCAGCUGGGUAGCACUGAGCCUGAAUUCUCCCCUCCCUGUGUCCCAUAAAAGACUUUGGACCUACAGCUCAUCAGUCAGCUCUAAAGAUGCUCUGAACUUGGCAAUACAUCAGUUUUGCUGCCCUUGUGAAUUCUGGUAAGGCUCUCACCUUUAUUAACUGUUCAAACAUCCCAUGACAGUC